AAUGAAGUCCGCCGUUCUCGCUCUUUGCCUGGCUUCGGCCUCCGCGCUUAUCGCCCCCGCGGCGCCCAAAGCGUCCACGCAGCUGCACGCGGUGGACACGGAGCUCGGCGUGCUCCCCCCCCUCGGUUUCUUCGACCCGCUCAACCUCGCGGCGUCCGGCACGCAGGAGGACUUCGAGCGCCGCCGCAUCACGGAGCUGAAGCACGGCCGCGUCGCCAUGGCUGCGUUCGUGGGCUACCUCGUGCCCGAGGUCUACAAGUUCCCGGGCUACCUGAGCAAGCACGACGGCAUCAAGUUCGAGGACGUGCCCAACGGCCUCAACGCGCUCACGGUCGUCCCCGGCCUCGGCUGGUUCCAGAUGAUCAUGGUCGUCGGCUGGCUCGAGGCGGGCCCGUUCGCGGCGAGCCAGAGCGGCUUCGCGGGCGACUUCGGCUGGCCCUACUUCGGCCGCCAGAUCCAGGACCCGGCGGAGAAGGCGUCCAAGCUCAACAUGGAGCUCCAGAACGGCCGCGCGGCCAUGUUCGGCAUCAUGGGCCUCCUCAUGCAGGACGCCGUCAACGGCGAGGUCUUCAUCGGCCCCUUCGCCGAGUAAGCGCGGCGCCGCCGGCCGCACCCUCCCCCGCGCGCGUUAGCGACGCGUAACGCCGCGCGAU